AUGGAAGACGGAGGAGAGCCCGAAGGUACUGAGGCCGAACAAGAUGAUGAGGCGGAAGACGUGCAAGCUGAUGAGGGGGAACCGUUCAUUGGAGUUCUAGAAAAAUUGCUACUGGCACCCCGCUAUUGGGUGAAGAAAGGAAUGGAAAUUCUUGUCACGGAGUCCUGCCGUGUGACCUUUUCCAUAGGCAAACAUUAUACAUGCGAAGUGCUGUGCGACGUCUUGGAGAUGGACGUGUGCCACCUGAUUUUGGGCCGACCAUGGAAAUUCGAUGUAGGAGUUCAGUAUGUGGUCGGGCCAAUGUGUAUUCCCUUGACUGGAAGGGGCGGAGGCUACGACUUUUACGAUCAGUUGGGACGUCAAGAAAGGAAUGGAAAUUCUUGUCACGGAGUCCUGCCGUGUGACCUUUUCCAUUGGCAAACAUUAUACAUGCGAAGUGUUGUGCGACGUCUUGGAGAUGGACGUGUGCCACCUGAUUUUGGGCCGGCCAUAGCAAUUCGAUGUAGGAGUUCACCAAACCACUGCAGUUCACUACAGCAAUACCCGAAGGAAGUGUCCAAACUCCUGGAGCAAUAUCGGGAUAUUCUCCCUGAAGAGUUACCUGCCGAGCUGCCCCUAUUACGAAAAAUUCAACACCAGAUUGAUUUUACGCCGGGUGCUACAUUACCGAACUUGCCCCACUAUCGACUCAACCCAAAGAAGCAGAUGAUACUCCAAGAACUGAUCGAUGAUCUACUACAGAAACAGCUCAUACAAGUUAGCCUCAGUCCAUGCGCGGUGCCGACUUUACUUGUUCCCAAGAAAGACGGCACGUGGCGGAUGUGCAUCGACAGCCGGGCAGUUAACAAAAUUACUAUCAAAUACCGUUUCCCCAUGCCUCGCAUCGACGAACUGCUGGAUCAACUCGCGGGGUCGACGGUAUUCUCCAAACUGGACUUACGUAGUGGAUAUCAUCAGAUUCGUAUCCGACAGGGUGACGAAUGGAAGACGGCUUUUAAAACUCCACAGGGACUGUAUGAGUGGAAGGUCAUGCCGUUCGGGUUGUGUAAUGCACCGUCCACGUUCAAGAGAAUGAUAAACGAGAUUCUGAAACCUUUUCUGGGCAGAUUUUGCAUCGUGUACUUUGACGAUAUCCUCGUAUAUACAGUUCGGACCCACCGCAACACCUACAUCACCUAA